GAAAGAAUUUAAUGUCUUGGAGAAUGGGGAUAACGGAGAUCGGCUGAGUAUUGAUCCACUGGUUGGAAUAGAAAUUGACUGACAGGCAGGUCACCCAAGCCUGACAGUGGACUAUAAACAACGGAGAGAAUGUAACUAAUCCUAAAAAAAAAAAAAAAAAAGGCGAUCUCUGUUUUGCUUAACUAGAUACGUUCAUAAAUCCAGCAAACGGAGAGAAACUUCUGGCACAGCCUGGAUUCAGAGGCAACGAAAUCUCUGCUGCUGGUAAAGUUCACGAGACAAUGCAGCGAGAGUUGUCCAAGCCAGGAAAUUAUCAGAGAAGGAGGGCCUGGGCUGCAAUUGGCAGCUGUUUCAACACCAGGCGUCACUCAGGCGCAACCUGGCUAGGAAGAACAUGGUGGGCACGGAUCAGUCGGAGCCCCUCUUGCCCUCUGCAAGGAUGGCGUUUCACCGCAGCCAGAAGCUGAACCUGCUGCGUCUUGCGGUCCUCCUGACGGUGGCACUGGCCGGCAUCAAGUUCUUCUUCCGAGACAGCUUCACGCUGGACCAGCGCAGGGAAGUUGGGGAAAACCACUUCUGGGGCAGCGCCCAGGACGUGAAACAGCCAGCCAACACUCAGCCCCGAUCGUCGGGGCACCUGGAACGCCAGGUAGCGGCUGGAGCGGCUGGCCUGGAGCCGAAGAAACUGCCCCACCGGGACUUCAGCUCCACGCAGAUGCGGUUGGUCCAUCUGGACCUCAAAGGGGCAGCUCCCAAAGUAUCCUACCUGGAGCAGAUCUUCCCGCUCUUCUCCAAGAUGGGAGCCAACGGGGUCCUGAUCGAGUACGAAGACAUGUUUCCCUUCAAGGGAGAACUGGAGAUCCUCCGGUCCCCUUAUGCUUACAGCGAAGAAGACAUUGCGAAGAUCCAGGAGCUGGCAGGCCUCAAUAAACUGGAAAUAAUCCCAUUAGUGCAGACGUUCGGGCACGUGGAGUUCAUCUUGAAGCAUGACAAGUACCGGCAUCUGCGUGAGGUGGAGCGUUUCCCCAACAGCUUCAACCCCCACCUGCCAGAGACCCUGGCUCUCCUGAAGGCUCUGCUCACCCAGGUCCUCAGCAAGCACCCCCACUCCAGUUGGGUACACAUCGGGGCCGAUGAGGUCUUCCACUUAGGUGAAGGGGCGGAUUCAAAGAACUGGAUGAGCCACAACGGGGGCGACACGGGCAAGAUGUACUUGAACCACAUCCGGGAGGUGGUGCACUUCAUCGCCAGCCAGCCGUGGGGGCUGCAGGUGCUGCUCUGGGACGACAUGCUGCGGAAGGUUGGCAUCGCAGCCAUCCAAGAUUCCGGCAUUGCCAAACACGCGUCUCCCGUGCUGUGGUUUUACGCGCCAGACUUUGACACGCAGCAAAUAGGAAGGUACAUUGAAAAGUACGCCGAGUGCGGCUUUCCAACCAUCUGGUUUGCAAGCGCCUUCAAAGGCACCACGGGCCCCGCCCAGGCCUGGACCCCCUUAAACACUCACCUGCAGAACCAUCUGCGAUGGCUGAAAGUCAUGAAGGUCACGGAGAAGAUGUCCUCCAUCCAUUUCCAGGGCAUCGUACUCACCGGCUGGCAAAGGUACGACCACUACUCUGCUUUGUGUGAGCUGCUACCUGUCGGGAUCCCCUCGCUGGCCGUGUGCUUGCAGACCCUGGUGAAUGGAGGCUUCACUGAGGCUGCCAAAAAGAAAGUCCUGGCCAUGCUUGGCUUCCAGAACCUGCACCUGGAAAAGAGCACCUGCGAAGGAACUGGGGCAUUUCCGGGCUCCGAUAUCUACCGCAUGGUCGAGCAAGUGGACGGCCAGCUGAAGGACUCAGUCACCAAAGUCUUGGAGGAGGAAAGCUCCAUCAAGGGAUGGUUCAGCCCGUAUCACCGCAAGCAUCAGUUCGGCAACCCACGAAACAUGGAAAGCUUCGGCAGCAAAGUGCUCAAAGUCCAUGAAGACUGGGAGAACACGAUCCAGACUCUGCGCUCGCACCUGGAGAGCAUCUACUUCCCUGACACCGUGGAGGAAUGGAUGGAGGAGAACGUCAACCCUCACAUGGACCGCCUACGCGAGUUUGUCCGGGACUUCAAGGAAGUCAUCCGCCUGAAUGCCCGGCCAAAGACCCUCUAGGGAAGGGCCCCCUCCCAGGCACAAAGAGGGGGCCCAUUCGUGGUUCAGUCCAACUUGGUUUUUCAAACUUGAGAGAACUUGAGGCUUCCAGGACAGGGUGGAGUGCCUCUUCUUGUGCUUGGCCACCAAUAUCUAUUUCCAGCCAGUCUUGAUGGAUUUCUCCCAGGUUGGCACCUCCCCACUGGAGAAAGUGAAUCUGUGGACCCAUUUGGAGGGUGGGGGAGUAGAAAUUCUGGUGGUGGGCUUUCCGGAUGGAAGAGUUUUUGACCCUGAUUUCCACUCCUUUCUAUUUCUUCCUUUUCAAUGUGGUUUAGUGCUCCCGGGACUGGCACUGUUGGUGACCGGCCUUCACCCCAGUGCUGCUCCUGGGCAGAGAAAGUGCCAGAGGGAUGUGGGGAACGACCGCCCUGUUCUGACGGAGACGGAGGUGGGGGCAUUGCUGAACGAUGUUCGGUUUUCAUCUUUCCAGCACCGUCCUUCAAAAAUCCCUCCUCUUAUCUGAAAACUGGUAGAUUAACUUUUUCCCCGCUGAGACUUGAAAUCCAUUCUCAUCUUUCAUCGGUCACAAGGUUCUUCGUUUUGCUGGGAGGGAAAAAAAAAGACAGUUUUUGCUCAGCUGUAGUCAGAGUAGUGCAGUGGUAGCAUCUUGGAACGGAGGCAACAAAUUGGGGGGGGGGUGGAGAGGGAGACUUUGAACCUUCCUUCAGAGUCAGCAGACCAGGCCAAAGACUUGUUCCUUGGUGGUAACCAAGUUCUCCAGAACGUGAGAUCAAGGACGCAGCCCUGGGGAGGGGGCAAAACAUCCAUGCCAUGUCUGGCUGCUGCCCCCCCCACCCUGUCGGGCAGCUCCCGGGCUCUCUUGCCCCUUUUUCAGAAUUCGGCUUGCCAAAGGCCCAAAGCUGCCUUGCAAGCCUCUGGCUAAAAUCUUCCUGUCGUUGUUGACUCUGAAUUUGCUUUCUCAGGGAGUGCGUAAAAGGACUUCCCAUUUGCCACCCAGCCUAGUGUCUUGGUCAGAUCCUUCCCCUUGUCCCUAGGGAGGGGGAGGAAGGGGUUGGAGAGAAAUGGGAAUUGCAAAGGCUAUGUUCCCCCCACCACACUCUGUCACCCAGUCUUCCUGCCAAAGGGGGGGGGGGUUCCUGUGUCUCCUGCUUGCAGCUGCCUGUCCCAGGGUAUUUAUUGCUGGCUCAGUUGGUUCCUGGGCAGCCCAAGUGAUGGGCAGGCGUGUAACCGAGCUCCCCUGCAAAGUGCCAGGUGGAGGCGGGUGGGCAUUUUGAAAAGGCAGGUGAGAAAGCAGCCAGGGAAGCGGCGUCUGGCCACCUUCAAGGGAGGGAAUGCAGCAGCUGCCUGGCGGAGGUGAGUGGAGCUAACAGGUAGCCGGGGCAGGUAGGAAAUCCCCGCUGGUCCCCGAAUCCCGCCAUGCUUCUCUUUGCUGCUGUGUAGCUCAGGGCAGGGAGUGGGAUGGGCACAAAGGAGGUGCUCUGCUAAGCCUGUGGCUGUUCUCGUAAUCCCGUCUCGGCUGGGGGUCAGAGUCGGUGUGCAACUGGCCCAGAGCUGCUGUUUGGAGCCUUCUGCGCGCGGCACCUAAGUCCUUGGCUCCUGUAAUUGUGGGGCUGACCCAGAGAGGCGAGGCGUGGAUCCCCUUGGCUGCUUUCCCCAAGGGAGGGGGGAUCUGGGCUUCCCAGGUGGUCUCUGCCAAGGAAAGCAGAAGGAGCUGGCUGCCCAUUUCCCCCUUCUGUGGUUCCCUUCCCACCAGGAGAGGCACUCGGGGUGCCAACGGAUCUGUUUUAUAAGGCAGACUCGGCGUUAGUUGCUGUCUUGAAGAGUUAAUUGUGCAGGAGAGUUGCUUCUGUGGUACCAAGGACAAUAAAGUAUUUUUUAUAAGGA